AUGUUAGGAGCAAGUAGUAGUGAAGAAGAAGACGACGAUUUUCAGGAGGAUCAUGAUUCGCUACCAAUUGCACAGGUCAAAAAGCGAUCACUGCUCUCCGGGGCGAUGACACCAAGGAGCAGCUCACCGGCUCCGUCGGACUCGGUUUCACAGACAAAUUCGUUGAAAAGAAACAAUUCGAGUUCACAGGGAAGAAGGAAAGAUUCAGUGCAAAGUCAGACACCUGCUAGAUCGGCGAGAAUAAUGUCGAAUGUUUCAAAGCCGAUAAUGCAAAAUUCACAAGAAUUCGAUGGAGAUGAGGAAGAAGGGGAAGAAGGUUCAACUACAGUAGUCGGUAGUGGAGAUGAAUGUGGUGGUCCUGCUUUGAGCAAAGAAGAGCAGGAAAGAAUGAAAGCCGAACGAGAGGAAGAAGAUCAUAAGAAGAAUCUUCAAAUGUACAUGUUUCUAGCCAGAUGCAUAGCAUAUCCAUUCAAUGGACAGCAGACUGGUGACAUGGCUCGUCGACAAAUGAAAGUGAAUAAACAGGAAUUGGCUAGAAUUCGAGAACGAUUCACUCUUUUUCUUAAAGGAGAAACAAAUAUUGCUGCUGAUGAAGCAUUCACUAAAGCGAUUCAAAGUUAUUUCGAAGUAUUUCUGAAAUCUGAAAGAGUUCAGAAAGUUGUUCACGCCGGCGGAUUUUCACAACAUGAUUUUCGAGAAGUUUUUCGAUUAAAUAUUGAGAAAAGGGUUCGAAGUCUUCCUGAUAUUGAAGGAUUAUCAAAGGAUACUGUAUUGAAUUCUUGGUUAGCAAAAUUCGAUGCAAUUAUUAAAGGAGAUGAGACUGAUCAGAAUAGGAAUGCUCGAGGCCGCUCUCGAAAUCCGCAGAAUGCGAUGAGCGCUGACGCAGUACUAGGCAAAGAGCAACUCUACGACGUUUUUCAACAAAUUCUUGGUGUGAAGAAAUUCGAGCAUCAAAUCAUAUUCAACGCACUUCAGUUGGAUAAUCCAGAUGAGCAGGCGGCAGCAAUCCGGAGAGAGUUUGCGACAAGAGAAGAAGCUUUGAAGGAUCCUAUCAAGAUGAAGCGUCUUACUCCAAAAUUUGUGGUAAAAGACAUGGAAACCCUGUACAUGGACGAAGUUCGAAUGUCGAUAAACACUUUAAUAGGAAAUUUGGAAACAGUUCCAGUGACAACACGAGGGGCAACUGUCGGAAAACGAAAAGACAAGAGUCGAUCCCGCAGUAUAGAGGAUUUGUCGCUCUUCAACAGCCUUAAACGAAGGACAAGCUCCGGGAGUCUCAACAAAGGAGAUAGUGAAGAUGGUGACGUCACACUGACAAAGUCUGAUGUCUCAUUGGCUUUGAGUAUGGAGGUUGUCGUGAUGGAAGUGCAGGGUCUAAAAUCCGUGCAACCCAGUAAAAUAGUGUAUUGCACGAUGGAAGUAGACGGUCACAAGCUGCAGACAGAUCAUGCGGAGGCUUCCAAACCAAAAUGGGAUACACAAGGAGACUUUUCGACGAAAAAUCCAUUGCCCGUGGUGAAAGUGAAAUUGUAUACAGAAGUGAAGAGUAUGAUAGCAUUUGAGGAUAAAGAAUUAGGAAAAGUAAUAAUCCAGCCGACGCCAAACUGUGCGCGAAGUCCAGAAUGGUACACCAUGACAUUACCAAAAAGUAGUCAGGAUCAGAAUUUAAAGAUUAGGAUAGCAAUUCGAGUAGAAAAACCGCCGAAUUUAAAGUAUUGCGGUUAUUGUUAUUGUAUCGGGCGAAACGCGUGGAAGAAGUGGAAGAAGCGAUUCUUUUGUCUUGUUCAAGUAUCUCAGUACGCAUUUGCUGUAUGUAGUUUUCGACAAAAGAAGGCCGAUCCCACGGAAUUCAUUCAAUUAGACGGGUUUACGAUCGAUUAUAUGCCGGAGUCGGAUCCAGAACUCUCUGCGCAAGGAGGAAAACACUUCUUCACUGCCAUCAAAGAAGGAGACGAGCUGAAAUUUGCGACUGAUGACGAAAAUGAGCGACAUCUAUGGGUCCAGGCUCUGUACCGAGCCACAGGUCAAGCCUAUAAACCUGUGCCUCCAAAGCAGUCAACAAUUGCUCCAAAGGCUCAAGGUUUCCAGGAUAAAGCCAGCAAACAUGGAAUGGAUGCAAUGAUUCAGGCUGAUUCGAUUAAUUUCGAUCAUGACCAUUUUUAUUCCGAUGUUCAACGAUUAACUCUGGAUUUUCGGAUCAACGAGCCGAUUUGUUCAUUGGGUUGGUUCUCACCUGGUCAAGCAUUUGUUCUGGAAGAAUACUCUGCUCGAUAUAUGGUUCGUGGAUGCUUCCGCCACGUAACCCUCUUAUCAAAUCUUUUGGAUAAAGCUGACGAUGGAUUGCUCAUUGAUCCAGCUCUAAUUCAUUACUCUUUCGCUUUUUGUGCAUCUCAUGUCCAUGGAAAUAGGUGUAUGCCUGAUCGACAAGGACCUGAAGGAGUUGGUACAGUAACUCUGGAGGAGAAGGAAAAGUUCCAGGAAAUCAAGGAACGAUUGAGAGUACUUCUAGAGAAGCAAAUCACGAAUUUCCGUUAUUGUUUCCCAUUUGGAAGACCUGAAGGCGCACUUAAAGGGACAUUAGGUCUAUUGGAAAGAGUUUUGAUGAAGGAUGUUGUGUCGCCAGUUCCACCGGAAGAAGUUCGAGCAGUUAUUAGAAAAUGUUUGGAGGAUGCUGCAUUGGUUAAUUACACAAGGAUUUGCAAUGAAGCAAAGAUUGAACAACGAAUGGGUAUUGAUGUUAGUCCGGCUCAACGAAUCGAGGACAUGAUCCGCGUGACGGAAUUCUGCAUUGAUCUGCUCAAGGAGAACGAGGAGCAUCAUGGAGAGGCUUUCGCGUGGUUUUCCGACCUUCUUUCCGACCAUUCCGAGAUCUUUUGGUCAUUGUAUUCAGUCGACUUGGACUCGGCACUGGAAGUUCAACCACACGAUAGUUGGGAUUCUUUCCCUCUUUUCCAGAUGCUCAACGACUUUUUGCUGUCUGAAUCAAGCCUGAAAGGAGGUAUAUUCCACAACAAAAUCGUUCAACAAUUCCAACCUCUCGUUGUACGAUACAUUGACCUCAUGGAGCACUCGAUUGCUCAGGCGAUUGACAAAGGAUUUUCCAAGGAAAAAUGGGAAUCAAGAAAAGAAGGAUGUGCAACUUCGGAAGAUAUUUACUGGAAGCUCGACGCUCUUCACACAUUUGUCAUCGAUCUGAACUGGCCUGAAGAGGAUUUCAGAAAAUAUUUGCAGACGAAAAUGAAAAGUCUAACUUCUGAUAUGAUAUCCAAGGUUUCCGAUUGCACCUUCACCGCAUUCGACAGUUGGAUGCAACGAGCCAAAAAGUCCACCGAUUACAUGCUUCCAUCAGAAGUUUGCGUGCAAAUCAACGUAAUGUUCAGCUCAAAGAGCCGUGCUGUUCGAGUCACUGUUGAUUCUGGAGAAUACAAAUAUCAGUCAAAACUCGACGAAACUCUGGAGACAAUGCUCAAAACUAUGGAAUCAUGUAUUCAAGAGAAACUUCACGGAGUUCUUGAAUCAGUGCUCUCACGUCUUGCUCGAUACGACGAGGGAAAUCCGAUUGGAGCAAUUUUGAAUAUUGCCCCAAAGCCUGCAUCGAUUUUCAACAAAUUGAAGACAAUGGCCGGAGACACCUCGGCUCAGGCAACGACGACAGCGCGUCAACCUCUGACUGCUCAACAAUCAUCAGGGCAAAUCGGAAAUUCAUAUGUUACAUUUUUCCACGGAUGCACUGAACUUCUUCGACAAGUUAUUAUCGAUGAAAUUUGGGUUAAUGGGCUCUUCGAGCAUUGGUACGACAACCAAAUGAAAUCAAUCAAUGAAUGGUUGACAGAACGUCUUCAACAAUCGUUGAGUGCAACUCAAUACAUUUCCCUUUCGACAAUUGUAAAAAAAGUGUAUCAAGACUUUUCACUGCAAGGAAUCGAUGAAGAACGACUGAAUAGUAAGACUUAUCAGUCAAUCAGUCGACGAUUACAGCUUGAAGAGUCAAAUUCUCAUAUUCAAGAAGCCGCCAUCAAUGGAUCAGCUCAAGGUUCGGUGUUUCCCACGUCGUUGGGGAACGCGACAGCAGCCGUAUCCAACAUGUCAAGUAUGGUCGAAGGAGCCGGUGCAAAGAUGUUCUCGCUUUUUAAAUAGAUUUUUUCUAAUAUUUUUCUUUAAGCGGUGUUUUCUCACGGGAUUUAUUUGAAAUAGACCAUUUCGAACAGAAAUGCCAAGAAGUGGGAGGAGAUUAAGGCUCCUCCCAGUUCUUGGUGAUUAGUAAACAGAGUCGUGCCCUCAGAAUAAUGCCGUUUUUAUUUUAAAGUUAUAGUUUCAUAUUUUUAUAAUUAUUCAAAUUUAAAAACGCUUUCAAUUAUACGAGUUUCAUUUAGUUUAUGGAAAGAUUUUUAAUCGACCGUAUUUUCUCAACUUUGCCAGCUCAUAUCUCAGCUAUCUUUGGUUGUAUUAAAACAAUUUCAACUGGAAACGUGUUCCUUAUUUAUUUUUCUAUAAAUGCAUAGUUUAAAAUUGUUUGAUAUCUCCAACAUGAGCCGAGAUAUUAGUCACCAAAUUAGAGGAGAUACGAAACUUUUUUUUUUAAUUCAAACUUCUAUCGCUUCUACGUUUAGCUUUUUUCUUCAAAUUUUUUUAAAAUUUUAAUCUGGUGAAUCAAAGAUCAAAUGUUAAUUUCCCUUUGCGUCUUUCGUCUCAUUUUUUGUCACCAAAAGACCUCUUUCGCCUCCCAGUUGUUCCAAUUUUGUCCCCCGUUUCCACGCCCACUCAAUUUUACCGGUAAUUAUUUUUUUUUCUCGGCAGAAUUUUAACUGUAAUAGCUUUAAUUUAUUUUAUUAUAUCAUUUGCAAAUUUCACUUAUAAUCAGCUUUUCAUUGUCUUUGGAGCUUUUUUUGAAGCUCUCCCCUCAAAAUACUUGUACCCUUUUUGGUGGUCCUAAUUUAUUACAGAUUUUAUUAUUUUAUAUGAAGCUUUUUCAUGGGAA